UUUCAACCAUUUUUAUCAUUAGUUCUGCUCUGAGUUCAAUUCAUUGUUUAUAAUCUAGAAGUUUUUGGCACAUACGCUACACUAAGUGAUACCAUUGAUUACGCUACGUCUCUACGUUGAUGAUUUCAUUUUAGAUAUUUGUUGGUAAUUGGUAAUAUUGAUGAAAACGAAAUUGAUACUAGAAAAUUAAUGUAUGAUUUUGAGUUAUAUUAAAGUUCCAAGUUCUCCAAAAUGAAUUUUAGUAUUUGUUCAAGAGACAGAGUUGUUAUUCUAAAAUAGUGGCCAAUCUGACUUUCCACGUUCAAUUACAUUUCCAGUUUUCAAACCAAUUUUUCUCUCUCUCAUGGCGGACAUUGGGGACAGAGACCAACCGCUGACCCCGGCCGGCCGCCUCUUCCUGCAGCCGCAAAUGAACCAGAUCAUUUCCGCCGUCCUCGCCGUCGAGUUCCCAAUCGACAUCGACACCUUCAGAGCCGAAGUCCAGAGCUCAAUCAUGUUCAAGCACCCUAGGUUUUGCAGCCUCAUGGUGCGAGAUUCCUCCGGCCGCGAACACUGGCGCCGAACCGCCGUCGACAUCGACCAACACCUAAUCGUCCGCCACCACCCGCUCAGCGACGAUCCGUCGACCUCCGACGAAGACGCCGUCCACGAAUUCAUUGCCGAUCUCGCCGUCUCCUCGCCUCUCCCCGCCGAUAAACCGCUCUGGGAAAUCCACCUCCUAAUGGCGCACAAAACCAUGAUUUUCCGCGUGCACCACGCCCUCGGCGACGGGAUCUCCUUGAUGUCCUUGCUAUUGUCGUGUUGCAGGAGAGCCGACGAUCCGACGCGCCUGCCGUCCAUCGGCGGCGUCGGUGCCGCGGCCUCCGAGCAGAGGCGGCGGCUGAGCGUGCGGGCGUUGGUGAUGGCGGUUUGGUAUACCUUGGUCUAUGUCGUGGAAUUCAUCUUGAGAGCAGCGUGGUGGAGAGAUAGGAUCACCGCCGUGAGCGGCGGAUCAGGGGCGGAGCUUUGGCCGCGGAAGCUGGCGACGGCGAGGUUCCGGCUCGACGACAUGAAGACGGUCAAGCGAGCGGUUGCUAACGCGACCGUUAACGAUGUUCUUUUCGGGGUAAUAACAUCCGGCCUGUCGCGCUACUUGGACACGAGAUCACCUAAAGCUCUGCCUGAGGGGCUUCGGAUCACUGGUCUUGCAAUGGUGAAUUUGAGGCCACAAUCAGGAUUACAGGAUAUAUCGAAGCUGAUGAAUGGCGACUCUGAAACGCGUUGGGGCAACAAAUUUGGGAUGCUUCUGUUACCUGUUUAUUACCACAGAGGCACUUCGGAUCCAAUCCAGUUUGUCAAGAGAGCCAAAGCUAUGAUCGACUCGAAAAAGCUUUCUUUAGAAGGCCCUUUCUCCUACAACAUUGGCAACUUAGUCAUGUCUCUUUUCGGACCAAAAGUUGCUUGCCUUCUCAAUUACCGCAUCCUUUGCAAUACAACUUUUACUAUGUCCAACAUCGUCGGCCCUACUGAACGCAUCAUAAUCGCAGGCAACCGUGUGGAGCGCAUAAGCGUCACUUCAACCAGCCUACCACAUGCAAUCACAAUGCACAUGGUGAGUUAUGCAGGAAUGGCCGACCUGAAAAUCUUAGUUGCCAAAGAUAUUAUCCCGGACCCCAAAACUCUUGCAAAGUGUUUUGAAGACGCGUUGCUCGAAAUGAAGGAAGCUGCUAAGGCUCCAACCAACUAGUGUUUUCAGUAAUCAUGGUGUAUCAAGUUUCAUAUUGUAAGUUAGAGGUUCAUAGCGAGUGGUGUUGAAGUUAUAGUUGUAAAAAGUAUGCCCAUUGAACAGAUCCACCAUUAAUAUAGCACCAACAUUAUUCCCUUCAUAAAAAAAAAACCACAUUGUACCAGUA